GUAUAUAAGAGCCAAAAAUCUACAGCAAGGCAUUAGUAUCAUUUGGACAGUCGACCACUCGUUAACACCUUUCCUUCAGUUGUACACCUUAUGUACCUUUUGUGCGCUUGUAUUAUACUCUACGCCUAUUUUAUAUUGAUGCUAUUUGAAUACUUACAUUGAAAUACGAAUCAACCAUAUCUUAAAUAAUGUAUACCACUUCCACUAACGUAUUGAUUGCACUGACAAUCUGUGGGCUAAUGUAUGGCUACGGCUCGGCGCCGACGGCCACCACUCCCACAGCGGUGACCACAAAAGCGAAGGACGCGAUCGAGAGGACAGAAGUGACGCUCAAACAGGCCAUCACUAUUGUGGAGAAGCGACGACUGACCGACUGUGUGGCCCGCACUAUAUGCGAGCUCAGCUGUAAUCCCGAAACGUAUGGCGAGAAAGGAAAGCCCGUUUACGAGACGCUCAAGAAGUUUGAAUCGGAUUCGUUGCCAAAGUUGGCCUUUUAUAAGACGGCUCGAGACAGAGGCCAAGCGCUG